AUGGCGGACAGCAAGCGAGCCAAAUCAAAGGCCGCCGCCACGGCAAGUGAUGCCACCGGUGCCUCCAAGUGGCAAAAGGCCCUCGACCCGACCGCGGAGUGGGAAAAGACGGAGCUGCACGAGGUGGUGUACUGGUUGCGACAAGUGCUGGGCGUGCUGUGUGGUGUGGUGUGGGGCGUCAUCCCCCUGACGGGCUACGUGGGCAACCUUGCGUUUUUGGGGCUGAGCGGUCUUGCUCUGUUCGUGUUCUUCGCCAAGUACCAUCGCACGGUGGACCCCGAGUGGUACUGGCCCCUCACGCAGGAAGGCUACCUCAACUCCUACGCCAUCUUCCUCGUACGUAGCCUUCCCUCGCGCCGCGUCAUGACCUACACGGCUGGAACCAACGCCGCAACCAACCUACACCAGGUGACGUGGAUCAUCGCCUACAACGCCGUGCACUUCUGA